GCACAAUCGUACACUUUUGCCAACACAGAAACUUUGACUCAAAAGAAAAAAAAAGUAUUGAUUUCGCCGCGCCGGGGAUUUGAUUGAUAUACUACGUACGAUUUGUAUUGUUAUCUCUUUUACUUAUUCAUAAGUGCUUAGUGUUGUCUCUCUCUUAUCGGUAAAGCAGAUUUAGUUCAAAAUUGUUUGGCGCGGCAUGCGCGUUGGAGAGAUCAAAACAAAAACAAGUGAAUUGGGGCUGCGGGUUUUGAAUCAGGUGUGUGCGGCGCAAUAACUGGGAUCCUGGACCAUCCUGGUCCUGAUAUUCCUGUAAUUAGGUAAGUUACUUUAAAAAUAUUAUGUUACGUUCAUAAAAAUCGAUAGUCAACUCUCACAUUCGCUAGUUACCUAUGAUGAACCUGUUGGUCUAGUUUAGGGCACCUGGAGCAGGGGUUCCCAAAGUGUGCGCCGUAGAAAUUUCAUACUGUAGAUAAGAUUUCAUAAUUUUUGUUCCUAUCUACCUAAAUACUUUCAACUAUCGUUAUGGGUGCCUAUUUCUUUCGACAGUAUCUUUUUUAAAGGGUAGGGGGCCGUGACAUAAUACCAAAUUUGUAACUGCGCCGCAGGACGUAAAAGAUUGGGAACCCCUGGUCUAGUCUAUUUUGAACACAAGUGUUCGACAUUUUAAUUGUGUUUUUCUAAGGUUUGUCUAUUUUUCAGCUUAUUUGCGAAUUUGAUGUAUUGAUAUUCUAUAUGUUCAUGUAUGUAUUCAGCAUUCGCUGUAUUCUCUUCCGUUUGUUGUUUUUCUUCAAUAAUGUGAAUCUGUCAUGAGGAUGACUAUGCAAUUAUCAUCUAUAUGUCAUUUAAAUGUUUCAAUGUACCUAGAUAAAAGUACUCACUAUAAUUUCUACAUGUUGUUUCAAUGAGAAUUAAUUACUAGUACUUAUUAAUUUAAUUAUGUAAAUUGGUAUAGCCAAAUCGGAGACAAUGAUACAAAGUAAAAUGGCGAAACCAUGAUGAUAAAAAAAUUGUUAGCCAGCAAAACAAUUUACUACUCUGACAUUUGAUCCACUGCUAAUGCCUAUUUUAAAUGAACUUUCCGGCGAUUAAUAAACUGUUGCGUAUUAUUGCCAAUGCCAUGGCGUUAUAAACGCCACAUUUAUACCAAGUAUUUGAUAAUUUACAGUAUUUUUAAAUACAACGCAUCCGUGGAUCUGUUCUAGAGACAGUAACUUGAUUACAUGAGCUAAUCAGAUGUUGGAAUUUAAUUCUUAAGUAUGGCACUUUGAGCUGUAGUUCAGAAUGAGGACAUUGAAGGCUUGGUGUAAUUUCAUGCUGCGAUAAAAUCCUUGUUGGCAUGGAAAACUUCCAGCACAGUAGAGCUACGCCAGAUGCCAGAUCAAUUCAUUUCUGUCUGGGUUGCUGACAGGAUUGGUUUAUAUCCUUAUCAAAACUGUCUGUGUUUGUAGUGUGGUGACGUCAAUUAGAUGGAGCCAGCGGGGCAGGGUCGAGAGGUUACCACAGUGUGCAUGAUGGGGAUGAGGCUUUACGUUACCUCAUUCUGUUGCUGCUUGAGCCUGGAGUCCGGAGUCAAGAUCAUCGCAUACGCGCAUCUGGCCAUAGGUACAUUUCUGACGGCGGCGUGCGGCUCCUUCGCGGUGAAGAUGAAGGAGCGCAUGGGCACGGUCGACGACGCGGAGGACCUGGUCUACUCCAAGAUAUUCCUGGCGGCACUCAUAUUCACUGCCUGCUCCUUUACGCACGUCGUGCUGGCGCUCCUGCUCAUCAGCGGCUUGAACAAGCGCUCGGCUAAGUACGUGCAUACGUGGGUGACGCUGAUGGGCCUGCUGCUACUUGUGGGGACGGCGUACGCGGGCCUGGUGGGCGUCCGCGCGGCGCGCUCCUGCGACGACAUCCUGAUGCUCUUGCUCAAGAUGUCAGUGUGGUUCGGGGCCAUGGGUUACAUCAUGGUGACCGUGUACAGCUUCGGGCUGGUGCUGAAGAGCGAGGAGGACGCCGCCGAGGACGCGGCCCAGCAGGACAGGCUGUGUAGGAUCGCUCGCGAGCGCGACCCGAGCCUCGAGCAGUGCAUCGGGCCCCCAAAGUGCGACUCCUUUGCCCGAGCUGCCCAAGGUCAACCCGACGACCAGACGGAGUGCGGGCACUGUGCCGAGUGCUGCAACUGCGAUGACGAAGAGCCCCAACCAAACGCCCUAGUCAGGAGCGAGCAGUAAGUGACGCCCGCGUUGUAGGCGGCUGGCGCGCGACACCUCUCGAACAGGACGCAACGAGGGCUAUCGUUUUAGCGCUCACCAGUUAGCGCCACUGUAGAGUAAGAUCCUGUCACUUGCUAGUAGCGAAGAC